CUAGUUUUUGCUGUAGCUAGCGCCUGUUAGCUAACAGCUCAGCUGUCUGCCUGGAGACAGAGUGCAGCUUGAGAGACACAACAGAGAGAGAGGCAACAGGUGAUCCUGAAUAUUUUACAUUUUACUCAGUGGAGUUAGGACUUAUUUUGCCCAACCCAGAGGUGAUUGUGGAAAGCAAACCAAGAUCAUGUUGCUCGUGGAAUUAGAAGACAGGACGGGCCAGGGCUACCUGGUUAGCAUGCUAACUUCCCCUCCUCUGAAACACAGUAGGAGAGCCCUAUUGCUCUGUACAGUUCUAUAUUGUACUUGUUACCUGGGACUUUCACAAGUUCACUCUGAAGAUGUCGACAUCCUCCAAAAGUUGGGGCUCAAGGGAGAGAAGCCGUCACGCUCGGUGCCAGCAGGGGUCAUUCCAUUCAGAUCAGGGAUCAUCCUCAACCAGCGGGCGGACGUUGAAACUCCAUUGCGCUCAGUCUUCCCAGCGGCCAUCUGGCCCAACCUGGCACUGGUCCUGAGUGUUCGCUCACACCGCGUCAACAGUGCUUUCCUCUUCACCCUGCUCUCAAGCCGCAGGAAGCUCCUUCUCGGUCUGCAGCUUGCGCCGGGCAAUCUGGUCCUUCACACAGGACCUAACACCUCGGUGGCAUUGCCCUAUGAGCCCCAUGAUGGUCAGUGGCACCAGCUGGCUGUGGGAAUUAAUGGACAGAGAGUGACUCUAUAUGCCUCCUGCGGAGAGCAGAGUGUUCAUGCAGACUUUGGGUGGGACCGUGAGGAGGGACUGGCUCCAGAGCUCCAGGGCUCCUUCCUGCUGGGGCGUUCAAGCCAGCAACAAGCCUCAGCACACUUUGAAGGAGCCAUCUGCCAGUUUGACCUGGUCCCUUCUGCACAGGCAGCUCACAACUACUGCAGGUACAUUAAGAAACAGUGCAGGGAAGCUGACACAUACAGGCCUAACCUUCCUCCCUUGUUGCCUAUCCUUCCACGAGAAACAAACAUCACAGCUACCACUGCUACCCCAAAGCGUGGUGGCCUGGAAACAGCCCAGAAGACCACACGGGUGAGCCUCGCCAGGAGUGCUGCCGCUGCCGCCUCGGCUGUCAGAUAUGUAGCCUCCACCCAAACAAUAAAGCCCAGCACUGGGACCAUUUCUACACCCCUGCUGGGAACUGUGAUGCCAGUCACAGUCCAGCUUGGUUUGGCCUCCCCGCCUCCCAAAGGAAGGACUGAAACUGUCACUGCACCACUCAGGACAAGAGUAGCCCCAACAAAACCACCAAAUCAAACUCCUUCUACCCCUAAAGCUUCAAACCAGAAACCUUCCAAACCUACUCCCACAAAGCCAGGUCCACAUAACAGCUUCAAAAAGACAAGUGCAGGAACAGACAACAAGAAGAAACCUACUAUUCCAGCCACUAACAGCACCAAACCCACCAAGACAAAGCUUGAUUCUGCCUUAUCAGACCAAGGUGUGAUCCCAAAGAAACCAACCACAACCAAGAAAACACCCCCCAAGCCUAAAGUUACACCAUCCAAAGCCACUCCGUCCAAACCCAAAACAAAUUCAGUCAAAGCUGUCCCUUCUAAACCAACAAUAUCCAAAGUCAACCCCUCAAAAUCAACAAAAACAACAACCGCUAAACCCUCCAAGUCAGCCUCCAAACAGGUCACCAAACCAACAAAGCCAGCCAAAAACACCAAGGCCCCAGUCACCCCGCGACCAACCAGAUCUUCAUACAACCCAGUAACACCACCUGCUACUGAUGGCUUCCAGAGCUGGGAGGUGCCACCUACUCAGUUCUCCCUGCUGGCUGGACCUAUUGGACAGAAAGGAGAUGCAGGCCCACCGGGACUGCAAGGACCUCCAGGGAAGCCAGGCCUGCCAGGCAAGAGGGGUCCUCGGGGCGCCCCUGGUCCUCAUGGAAACCCUGGCCGACCUGGUCCACCUGGGCUCAAGGGUAGAAAAGGAGACCCCGGCAUCUCACCUGGGCCGGCACCUAAAGGAGAGAAGGGAGACCCAGGGGUUCUUGGCCCGGUUGGAAUGACUGGCCAAGAAGGUCGGAAGGGACAGAAAGGUUACCCUGGUCCACCUGGACUCCCUGGAGAGCCUGGAGAGCAAGGUCCAGUCGGAAGCCCAGGUGCCAAAGGUUAUCCUGGCAGGCAGGGUUUACCGGGGCCUAUAGGACCAGUAGGGCCUAAAGGCGUUCGGGGUUUCAUUGGAAUCCCGGGGCUUUUUGGCCUUCCUGGGCCUGAUGGCGAAAGAGGCAUUCCCGGCGAACCAGGGAAGAGGGGCAAGAUGGGUAGGCCGGGGUUUCCAGGGGACUUUGGAGAGAGAGGACCACCUGGACCCGAUGGAGAGCCUGGUGAGAUGGGAGCCCCCGGUCCAAACGGAGUUCUUGGGCUUAUUGGUGAUAUGGGACCUGUGGGAGAGAUGGGCCUUCCAGGACCUUCUGGACUGAAGGGGGUGCCCGGAAAUCCCGGAGAAGCAGGACUGAAAGGUGAUAAGGGUGAUGUUGGCAUUCCUGGAGAACAAGGGGAGAUCGGGUACAAAGGAGACAAGGGCAUCCAGGGCGCUCCAGGGUUACCAGGCAUCCGUGGGAAACCAGGACCGCAGGGCAAGACAGGAGAGAGAGGCCCUGAUGGUGCACCUGGACCUCCAGGCCCGGAGGGUUUCCCUGGUGACAUGGGACCACCGGGAGAGAACGGCCUUGAAGGACCAAAGGGAAAGCCAGGGGCCAGAGGUUUACCGGGGCCACGAGGGGUUCCUGGCUUGGAGGGAGAUGAGGGCCCAAUCGGACCACCAGGACCAACAGGACUCGAGGGUAGAAUGGGCAGAAAAGGAUUUCCUGGGAAGGUCGGGCCAGAGGGAGUUAAGGGAGAGACCGGCAUCCCAGGAAAUGUUGGAACCAUGGGAGAAAGGGGCUUGGUGGGUUUCAUCGGACCUGUGGGAGAGACAGGACUGGCAGGAGAGAAGGGGGACCGAGGAGAGAUGGGCCAUCCUGGACCACCUGGAGAAAAGGGAUCCACGGGUCACCCAGGGACACCAGGUGAGACCGGGCCUACAGGACCGCCAGGAAGACCAGGCCCUCCUGGAGCGUCUGGGCCAGCCGGUACCAGAGGACCCAAAGGCCUACGGGGAGCGAUAGGGCCCGACGGUCCAGCCGGAGAGAUGGGGUUAGAGGGCAAGGCGGGCUCUGAUGGUCCUCCAGGAAAAAUAGGUUUCCCUGGACCACAGGGGAAGAUCGGAGAGCCAGGGGAGGUGGGGCCCAAAGGUUUUCCUGGUAUCCAAGGGCCUUCAGGACCUCCAGGGGACAAGGGAAUAGCAGGCGAGCCGGGACCACCUGGGCCACCAGGGACUGUGGGAUUAUUGGGAGAAAUUGGUCAAAAGGGUCCUCCAGGCAAGGUGGGGGAACCAGGACUGCCAGGCGAGCUAGGGGAGAAGGGAUCCAUUGGACCUGCUGGCAACAUCGGAGAGCAGGGACUAAUAGGACAGCGGGGAGAGCCAGGCCUGGAGGGAGAAGCUGGUCAAGCUGGACCUGAUGGAGCCAAGGGUGACAAAGGCGACAUGGGUCAGGAGGGUGACAAAGGAGAAAAAGGUGAAACUGGGCUAAAGGGAAAGGAGGGCCCACCUGGACCUCCUGGACUGAAUGGCGUCAGAGGUCCAGAAGGGAAACCUGGCAAAAUUGGGGAGAGAGGCAAAUUAGGGUCAAAGGGUGCCAAAGGUCAUCAAGGUCACCUCGGGGAGACCGGGCCGGUGGGGAAGACUGGACCUCCAGGUUUUGUUGGGCAGAAGGGCUCUAGAGGAACUAUUGGACACGUGGGCGCUCCUGGUCGCAUGGGUCAACAAGGGGAACCUGGUCUUGCAGGUUAUGAGGGUCAUCAGGGAUCACAGGGCCCUAUGGGGCCUCCAGGACCAAAAGGUGAAAAGGGCGAGCAGGGAGAUGAUGGGAAAGUAGAGGGUCCUCCUGGUCCUCCAGGUGACAUAGGUCGUCCAGGUGAGAGAGGAGAAAGAGGGGAAUCGGGAGAUCCGGGGUACAAAGGUCAGGUCGGUGUGGACGGAGAGAGAGGCCGACCUGGAGCUCCUGGACAACCUGGGCAGCCUGGACCUCGUGGGCAACAAGGACCCAAAGGAGCCAAAGGAGAUCAAGGUCAGAAAGGCAAAAAGGGUCAGCAAGGACAGAAAGGAACCAAAGGACCUGAGGGUGGGGGUGGUCUUCCUGGUCCCAGAGGUGUGGUGGGCCGAGAAGGACAGGAGGGUGUGCCUGGAGUGGAUGGAGUCCCAGGAAAGGACGGCAGUAGAGGCAUGCCGGGAGAGCAUGGUGAUGAUGGCGAGACCGGUCUUCCUGGAAAAGCAGGCUCACGUGGUAAAACUGGCGUUCCUGGACUCCCAGGAGAUCAGGGGGGCAUUGGACCAAAGGGUGAGCAGGGUCUUCGAGGCCAGAGCGGACCUCCAGGGAAAAGAGGCUUCAGAGGUGGAAUGGGACUCCCAGGGUCACAAGGGGACCAAGGACCGAAAGGACAACCUGGUGAUACUGGGGAAUCAGGAUUUCCAGGAAUUCUGGGAGCUUUUGGACCAAGGGGGCCCCCAGGAGACUUUGGGCCAAAGGGCAUCAGGGGACCAAAGGGGCCGCAGGGCGCAAUGGGCAGAGGAGGAGUUAGUGGCCCAAUGGGAAUUAUUGGUCCCAAUGGAAGCGCAGGUCCCAGAGGAGAGAAGGGCAAUCGUGGCGAGACUGGUUUGCAAGGACCAAGGGGAUCUCCUGGACCUCGUGGACCCCCUGGACUUCCAGGUCGCCCUGGUAUCCCUCUGUCAUUUAGAGAAGAUGGUGUGUUGUUCAUGGAUUCACACACGCCACUCAGGACUGAGAAGAAGCCGGUGAUGGAUCUGCCAAUGCUGGACCAGGGUGCAGAGAUCUUUAAGACCCUCCACUACCUCAGUAACCUGAUCCAGAGCCUGAAGAACCCACUGGGCACUCGGGACAAUCCCGCCCGCAUCUGCAGGGACCUGCACAGCUGUGAACAGAAGUUAAAUGAUGGCACUUAUUGGAUUGACCCUAACCUGGGCUGCUCGUCGGAUACAAUAGAAGUCUCCUGCAACUUUACAGGAGGUGGACAGACUUGCCUAAAACCAAUAACGGCGUCCAAGCCAACAAUCAGCGUUGGCCGUGUCCAGUUGAACUUCGUCCACCUGCUGAGCUCAGAGGCAGUGCAGCACGUUGUCAUCCACUGCCUGAACUUCUCUGUUUGGAAGUCAGCUGAGGAUCAACCGGCUGCCCAGGGAUCUGUGAGGUUCAAGGCCUGGAGCGGGGAGGUGUUCGAGGUGGGAGGAGAGCUCGAGCCAGAAGUCCUAGAAGACUCCUGCUGGGUAAAAGAUGGUCGCUGGCACCAGACCCACUUUGUCUUCCACUCCCUGGAUCCCACCCUGCUCCCUGUGGUUGACGUCUUCAACCUCCCCAACACCUCUCCUGGCUCACAUUACCAUCUAGAAGUAGGUCCUGUUUGCUUCCUGUGAGGGUUGCGGUGUAAGUCGUCUGGCGGUGGAGGGAUGGAUCAUCACCCUUAGGUGACACCCUCUUGCAGGCGUGGAGAUCGGAGCAGCCUCCUCCAAUCCAAGCGAGUACAAGCCUCCCCUCCAAUCAGAUCCUGCUUCAACUCCCAUUGGACUGCAGACACAGAGGGAGGAAGCACAGGGAGCUGGGGGGACACAGAAGAGCUGAGGUGGAGCAGGGGAGUUCUUGCACUAUUAGCUUCUUCACGCUCUCCAAGAAGGAUCUCCAUAUGUACGCCUGCUUGGAGAAAAAAAAAGGCUCUAUGCCACACAUUCUCUCUAGAACAUUGCUAAGUGAAGGGAGACCAAGGCCAAGUUAAUCAGCGGACAUUAGAGUAACUUAUUUUUUUAACUGUAUACAGUCUGUAUACUGUGUGUACUUUUAUUUUGGAAAUACCAGGAAUUCAAUUCUGUUAGAAGAGAGGAAUUAAAGUAAUUGGGAUCAGUUAAAUGUACAUAUAUAAGUAUGCUUAUUAUUAACUUUUAUACAUGUAUAUCUUAUGUAAAGAAAUAAUCUUCAAGUGCAAUAGAAAAUGAGAAGAUAAUUUGAUAUUUUAAACUUAUAUGGAAGGAUUUUUCAGGGGUGCCAUUUUUAUUUGCUAUCGGUGCUCGUCUCCUCGUGAUCUUGCCCGUGUGAAUGAAUCCAGAGGCAAACUGAGGAGAGGUCACAUCUGUAUUUUACUGGUGCUCCAAAUGGGAAACUUUCACUUUCCUCUCUUAUGCAGGAAAAAACCCAGUGGCACCCAGUCAGCUCUCAGUAACAACGUCUGAAGCCACACACUGAUGCACGCAAGCCGUCCAACAUGGAGAGUCAAGUGCAUUAAAUACUUAUUUGCUAUAUUUACUAUUCUUUCAUUAUUGAACCGGAUGCCACUGAUGAUUAAGGAGAAUAUCUGCAGUUGUGGAGAUUAGAGGUCAGAGUCAAGAAAAGGGUAUGGAGCUCUAGUUCUCAGUAGUGUUUUAUUAAUUUCUCUACAACUGUGGAGUGUGAAAUCAGGCAUCCUUCUUUCCUUACUUAUGAUUAAAGACAGGAGGUUAAUAGUUAUUAUUUGCUCAGCACCACCCCAGGGACCAGGAGUCUCUUCUUCUACCCCACUUACAGUAGACAGACUACAGGUACAGAGGAGAACUGAGCCACAGGAGAGAGGAGAGUGGGUCCAUGAAUCCAAAAACUAGCCCCCCUCCCCUUCUUCUGUCCCAUCCUCUCUCUUUUAAUGCAUGGUGCUAGUAAGUAAGUUAUCUAAGGUGCUAACAAUAGUGCUGUAAUUACACCACUUUGCUCAAAUAUUCAGAUGUUUAUAGUGCAUGCUUUGCUUAGAUGAAUUUUAAAAAAGUCCAUAUAAUAUAUUGCCAUAGCUUCCAUAGUGCACUAUAAUGGUAAUAUCCCAUCCAAAAGGACACAGUAAGCCGUCUGUUCUUUAUUGUUCAAUGCUGCAUUUUACAGAGAUGCUUAUUUUAAUUUGAAAAUAAUUUAAACACCAAAAAAAACAAAAACAGAUUCCUCAUUUUUGUAUCCAGUAUAAUUCACAGGGUCUUAAGUAUUUUUUAAGAAUAAAGAUUCCUUUUUCUCUGUACAAAGCCCCGCCAACAGCUGUAUGUAAUAUUUUUUAGAAACACAACUACCGUAGUUGAGAUAGUUCUAAUUAAAUAAAAGGUUUCUUUGUUGUAGCUGGACACAAGUGUGUAUAAUUGUGCAAACCUUGCUGUAUACAGUGGAUCCCCUCUUGCUAAUUUAAUGUUAUUUAAUGUUGUUACCGUGGUUGCAGACUGAGCAAAUUUCUGUUGGUUGAAGCAAUACUACUCUUUCUGACAACUUUAUAUAUCAGUUCGCCCAACUGGUCUUGGAGUUUAUAGAUUUUUUUUAUGUGUAAAUUUGGGGCUCCAGAGAACAAAUUGCUAUGUUAAUUAUCUUUUAUUUUUUUAAUUUUUGUUAUUUUUUUUUCUUUGCUUUAUGUUGUUUUUUUCCUCUAUGAUAAUAACCAACCGUGUACUGUACCAGGACUCUGUGCUAUACUAUAACUUGUGUUUUAAAGAAAUUAUGCAAAUAUGUGAAAAAUGUUUCUUCUUUUUUUGUAAAUCUGUUGUAGACAUAAAAAAAAAAAUGAGCUAAGAAUACCUCACACUUGUACACAUGACUCGGAGCAAAAGAUUUUCUGUUGCCUUUUUAAUAAUUAAAGCCUGUUUGGAAAAUAUCAGCCAAAUACAGUAAGUCAUCAAACUUUGAGCGAGACCAUUUCUGGUGCCAACAUCCUUUAUCUGUCUACUGUUUAUUCAUUGUUCGGUGUCCAUUUGUUCAAUAAAUACUUUCAAUUUG